UUUGCGUUUUUCACUUUAAAAAAUUUCUGUAUUUUAUUAGUAGCAUAAGGUAAUACAUGCUACAUCUAAAUGUGGAAGAGAUGGACCCUCCUCUUACUGAGUCAUACCUUGCAGGUCACCUGGACACACGGCUCACAGAGGACGUGUCACAUGGCUUUGUGUACAGGUGUUUGUGUUCCUGGGCAGGGUCAGACGGGAAACGAAACUCUUGACCACAGAAGGCUGGCCCUGAGGCAGCAGCACGCAGACUCUCCUGCACGGAAGGAUGGCUCUGUCACAGGCCAAACCGCAACCUGGAGACCUGAUUGAGAUCUUCCGCCUUGGCUACCAGCACUGGGCCCUCUACGUGGGGAACGGCUACGUGGUGCACCUGGCCCCCCCAAGGGAGAACUCAGGGGUUGGCGCCUCCACCGGCUUAGGGGUGGUGAAAAGGGAGCUCCUCAAGGAAGUGGUGGAAAACUGCUCCUAUGAAGUCAACAACCACUUGGACCACCUGUACAAACCUCGGUCCACAAAGCAGAUGCUCACUGUUGCGGAGGAGAUGGUUGGUAAGAAGAUUGAGUACAGUGUUCUGAGCGGCAAUUGUGAUCACUUUGUCACCGAUCUGAGAUAUGGCAAGGCCAUCAGCCGGCAGCUCCGUGAAGAGCCCAAGCCUGGAGACCUGAUUGAGAUUUCCCGCAUCGGCUCCUCCCAUUGGGCCCUCUAUGAGGGCGAUGGUUAUGUGAUCUACCUGGCUCCGCCAGGGGAGAACUCUGAGUCUGGCGCCCCCACCGGUUUAGGGGUGGUCAAAAGGGAGCUCCUCGUGGACGUGGUGGGACAAUGCUUCUAUAAGGUUCACAACCACUUGGACCACCUGUACAAACCUCGGCCCAUAAAGGAGAUGCUCAGAUAUGCGAAGGAGGUGGUUGGUAAGAAGAUGGAGUACAGUGUUCUGAGCAGGAACUAUGAGCAUUUGGUCACUGAACUGAGAUAUGGCAAUGCCCCCAGGCAACAGCUCCGUGAAGAGCCCAAGCCUGGAGACCUGAUUGAGAUUUCCCGCAUCGGCUCCUCGCACUGGGCGCUCUAUGUGGGAGAUGGUUAUGUGAUCCACCUGGCUCCCCCAGGGGAGAUGUCUGAGGGUGGUGCCCCCACCGGCUUAGGGGUGGUGAAAAGGGAGCUCCUCAAGGAAGUGGUGGAAAACUGCUCCUAUGAAGUCAACAACCACUUGGACCACCUGUACAAACCUCGGCCCAUAAUGGAGAUGCUCACUGCUGCGGAAGAGAUGGUUGGUAUGGAGAUGGAGUACAGUGUUCUGAGCAGGAGCUCUGAGCACUUUGUCACCGAUCUGAGAUAUGGCAAGGCCAGUGGUCGGCAGUUUCGUGAAGAGCCCAAGCCUGGAGACCUGAUUGAGAUUUCCCGCAUCGGCUCCUCCCAUUGGGCCCUCUAUGAGGGCGAUGGUUAUGUGAUCCACCUGGCUCCCCCAGGGGAGAAGUCUGGGGCUGGUACCCCAACCAGCUUAGAGGUGGUGAAAAGGCAGCUCCUUGAGGCAGUGGUGGAAAACAGCUCCUAUAAGGUGAACAACCACUUGGACCACCUGUACAAACCUCGUCCCAUAAAGAAGAUACUCAAGUCUGGGAAGGAGAUGGUUGGUAAGGAGAUGGAGGACAAUGAUCUGAGGAGAAACAGUGAGCACUUCGUCUUCGAUCUGAGAUAUGGCAAGGCCCGAAGCCGGCAGUUUCGUGAAGAGCCCAAGCCUGGAGACCUGAUUGAGAUUUCCCGCAUCGGCUCCUCCCAUUGGGUCCUCUAUGAGGGCGAUGGUUAUGUGAUCCACCUGGCUCCCCCAGAGGAGAACUCGGAGGCAGGCUCCCCCACCGGCUUAGGGGUGGUGAAAAGGGAGCUCCUUGUGGACGUGGCGGAAAACUGCUCCUAUAAGGUCAACAACUACUUGGACCACGUGUACACACCAUGGCCCAUGAAGAAGAUCAUUGAACUUGGGAACUGGUUGGUUGGUAGGAAGACAGAAUACCCUGUUCUGAGCAGGAACUGUGAGCACUUCGUCACGGAUCUGAGAUAUAGCAACUUCCCCAGCCAACAGCGUGAGGAAGAGCCCAGGCCCGGAGACAUGAUUGAGAUCUCUCACCAGUUCUACUGUACCUGGGCACUCUAUGUGGGCGAGGGUGAUGUGAUCCAUCUGGCUCCUCCAGGGCAGUCACGCAGUACUGGCUUCUCCAAAUUGCCUAUGUUUCUGAGAGGCCGGGCUGAGGUCAAAAAAGAGCCUCUGCAGAUGGCAGCUUCCGGCUCUCCCUACAAGGUCAACAACCACUUGGACCAUAAGUACAGGCCCCGGCCUGUGGAUGAGAUCAUCACUUCCGCCAAGAAGAUGAUUGGUGACCAGAAGACUUACAUAGUUCUUCUUAAAAACAGCGAGCGUUUUGUUGCUGACCUGAGAUAUGGCUUGUCCCGCCGGGAGUUGUCAAGUGAUGACCCAAUGCCUGGAGACCUGCUUGAAAUCAGUCAAGGUGUCCAUAAGCACUGGGCAAUCUAUGUGGGAGCCGGCUAUGUGAUCCAUGCGGCAACUAAAGGUGUGUCCUGCGGGCCGAGCUGUUCCAGCAAUGUACGUGACUAUGUGGUGAAAUGGGAACCUCUGAGAGCAGUGGCAGAGGGCAACAAGGUCAAGGUCAACAACUACUUGGAUAACAAGGUCAGACCCCGGCCUGGGCAUGACAUUGUCAGUUUGGCGCGGAAGAAAGUUGGGGAAACCUGGAAUGACAACCUUUGUUUCCCAACUGUGAGCACUUUGUCGCAAAACUGAGAACUGGCCGCCCUGCAGCCAACAGGGUGGCGUGUGAGUCAGCUGGUGCUUCUGAGGCUGUGCCACAAUCCUGGCUGCUUCCCAGUGCUCCCCAGAAGCAAUGAGUACAUGAAGAAGCCACUAAAGUCUCCAGUUAGAGGCUGCGUCAAGCACCAGCUGUCCCCCUGUGCCUGGUUCUCUCUCGCCCUGGCAUCUUGAGGAGCCACUUCUAACAAGACCACAGCUUCUUGAGGAAGGAAAUGAAUGAGUCCAGUGACCCCUUCAUCAAAUAUUUCCACUGUUUUCCUGCAAACCCAAGCAUC